AUGAGGCUUCUAACCAUCCUUUUGGGUAAAACGUUGGCCUUUGUGUUGCCUAUACUAGAAUCAUUGACAAAUGGUCCUGCUAAAGAAUCGAGGAAGACUGGAUAUGGAAAGGCACCAAGUGUUCUUGUUCUCUUGCCCACGAGGGAGUUGGCCGCACAGGUGGCUGCGGACUUCGAAGUUUAUGGCGGAGCUCUGGGGUUGAGUUGCUGUGUCCUGUAUGGAGGGUCUUCUUAUGGACCGCAGCUAAAUCAAUUGAAAAGAGGUGUUGACAUUGUUGUUGGCACUCCUGGUCGCAUUAAGGAUCACUUAGAGAGCGGAAAUAUUGACUUUCGAUCCUUAAAGUUCCGAGUGCUUGAUGAAGCUGAUGAAAUGCUGAGGAUGGGUUUUGUUGAUGAUGUUGAACUCAUUCUUGGCAAGGUUGAGGAUUCUAGCAAGGUUCAAACGCUUCUUUUUAGUGCUACUUUGCCGUCCUGGGUCAAGCAAAUAUCUUCCAAAUUUUUAAAACCAGACAAGAAAACUGUUGGCCUUGUUGGUAAUGAGAAAAUGAAAGCCAGCACCAAUGUAAGGCAUUUUGUCCUUCCCUGCACUGCAUCUGCCAGAACUCAGCUCAUUCCUGAUAUCAUUAGCUGUUAUGGCAGUGGAGGACGCACUAUUAUUUUUGUAGAGACUAAGGAUUCUGUUUCCACACUAUCUGGUGUGCUUCCUGGAGCACGUUCGUUGCAUGGUGACAUACAACAGUCUACCCGUGAGGUAAUUCUUAAAGCAUUCAGACCAGGCAAAUUUUCUACCCUUGUGGCUAAAGAUGUAGCAGCACGAGGAUUAGACAUUGAUGAUUUUCAGUUAAUUAUUCAGUGUGAGCCUCCUCGUGAUGUAGAGGCAUACAUUCAUCGGUGUGGAAGAACAGGAAGAGCUGGGAAAAGUGGUGUCGCUGUGAUGCUUUAUGAUCAUAGGAAGUCUAAUUUUGCCAGAAUAGAAAGAGAAUCAGGUGUGAAAUUCGAACGUAUAAGUGCUCCACAGCCAUCUGAUAUAGCUAAAUCAGCUGGUGUUGAAGCUGCUGAAAAAAUCAACGAGAUUUCUGAUAGUGUGAUUCCGAUAUUCAAAGCUGCUGCUGAAGAACUACUCGACUCUUCUGAUUUAACCCCAACAGACCUUCUUGCUAAAGCUUUGGCCAAUGCUGCCGGUUAUACCGAAAUCAAGAGUCGAUCACUUCUCACCUCAUUGGAGAACCAUGUUACUGUACUGCUCGAGUGUGGAAGGCCCAUUUUCUCACCUUCGUAUGUUUGUGGAGCGCUGAGGAGGUUUGUACCUGAAGAUAAGGUUGAAUCUAUUCAGGGUCUUUCGUUGACUGCAGAUGGGAAGGGUGCUGUAUUCGAUGUAGCUACCGAAGAUCUCGAUACAUUCCUUGCAGGGCAGGGGGUGUGAGUGAGCUUGCAAGUG